AUAAGGGCAAUAGUAUUUAUAGAGGGUCAUUUUAAUGCAUCCACUCAAUCCCUGGCCAUCUCAUUCUACAGACCAUUGGAAGCCUAUUGACCCACUAGAGGCAUUAACAAGGAAUCAUGUCUAUGGAACGAUUCGACUGCCAUUACUGCAAGGACCCUUUGCUUGGAAAGAAAUACAUAAUAAAAGAGGACACACAAUACUGCACUAAAUGUUACGAGAACCUGUUUGCUAACGGCUGUGAGGUGUGUUCUUUGCCAAUCGGGUGCAACUGUAAGGACCUUUCCUACAAGGAUCGACACUGGCACGAAAAUUGCUUCAAGUGUGCCAAAUGCAGUAGAUCACUGGUGGACAAACCAUUUGCUGCUAAAGAUGAGCUUCUGCUGUGCACAGAAUGCUAUUCCCAUGAGUAUUCUUCAAAGUGCACCACCUGCAAGAAAACCAUCAUGCCAGGUUCACGAAAGAUGGAGUACAAAGGCAACAGCUGGCAUGAGACUUGCUUUCUGUGUCAGAGAUGUCAACAGCCAAUAGGAACUAAGUCUUUCAUCCCCAAAGAUAACAAUUACUUCUGUGUCCCUUGUUUUGAGAAGCAAUUUGCCUACCAAUGCUGUGCUUGCAAAAAAGCCAUUACAACUGGUGGUGUCACAUAUCACGAUAAGCCCUGGCACCGUGAGUGUUUCACUUGCAUUGGAUGCAAGAAACAGCUAGCCGGCCAGCGUUUCACAUCAAGAGAAAACUAUCCCUACUGCCUGGAUUGCUUCAGCAACCUGUAUGCCAAGAAAUGUGUGGGCUGCACCAAGCCAAUUACUAGUUUGGCAGGGGCUAAGUACAUCUCCUUUGAAGAGCGCCAGUGGCACAGUGAGUGUUUCACUUGUAUGCAGUGCUCCAUGUCUCUGGUGGGCCGUGGAUUUCUCACCCAACGUGAUAACAUCCUGUGCACUGACUGUGGCAGGGAGAAGUGAGCUCACCUGAGUGGGUUACACAACAGCACAAGAGCAGCUCAAACUUUCAACCUCUACAGGAAAGCCUCCCACAGUGCUUGUUAGCAGUUUUUUGUUGUUUUUGCUUGAGGGUAAAAGUAUGCUUUUUAUAUUUGGAUUUUGGCUCAAAAUAAAUGGAAUUAUGUACAGUAGGAGUGAGACAGAGGAAUAAAAAUGAAAAAUGAAUAAAUUAACUAACAGAUUAAUUACCUCUGCAGUCUUGCGAUUAGGCUGCUUAAUGUGAUGUUUAAUGAGUUUAAUGAUUUUACAGCAAUGAUUCGGAAACAGUUAUACUCAUAAAACCUAAACUAGUUUGGAAGUAUUGAAAAUGUACACAGUUGAGAAGAAAUUUUGUCCAUAAACUUAUUUUACUCUUUUCUGUAACAUGUUUUUGGGGGAAGAUAAGUCUAAACCUACUCAACUCCAUACUCCAACUACAUUAUAUACACUCCAUAAGUACAGUAUACUGUAUAUGUAAUGUACAAGACCAUGGCUGUGUCAGAAAACUGGAAAAUGCUGCCUUCUGAGGUUGUAUAAGGAGGCAGGAUUAAAAUAAGGUGCUUUUCAAACUGUUCUGAGACCAGUUUCCUUAAGAGUUCCAUUCAUUCAAAAACGCUGUCGGUUAAGCCAUUAACUGAUAAGGCAGCAAGGCAGCAAUUCAGCUGCCUACGUUUUCGGUUGCAGCCCACGAUUUGCUACUUGGCAUUGCUAAUCGGAGGCAAAUGGUAUUAGGGGGAGGGCACUUACUCUAUCCAGAGAGCAUUUUAUUGUAGAAAAUUUGGUAUACGCCUUUGUGAACAUGAUGAGUCAAAUGUAUGACGUUUUCCUGGAAGGGAAUGACUGAAAAUUUAAAUGUGUAUAUCUGCUAAAUCUGCUUAUUUUUUAAGCUAAUUAUUUCAGAUUUUAGAGGAACACAUAUAGCAUAUUGAUGCCUUCAAAGCUAACAGAUAUGGACUAAAAGCCACAAAGCACCAUGAUCACAUGGGAAAUCGCCAUGUUGCUACCGAAUGUUCCUGCAGCCUGAAAUUGACCCCAUUCAGCUGAGUUACUGACAAGCACCAACCCCUUUUAGACAUCUUUGUGGCAAUUCCAGUGUGUACCUUUUCCUGUGAUGCUACUGAUAGAGACAUGGGUUCUGGUCCCAUGGAAACUAGGAAGUAUAUUCAGAUUAUUAUAUAAAAAUUCUGAUUUAUUUUUAAAGAAGAGUGGAACUUUAUAUAAUUCAGCAAAACACUGAAAACGUAUGCGUUCUAUACGAAAGUUCUAUAUGUUUAAAUGAUUUUUAAAGGGGGCGAAACGAAAAAAAAAUAAAAGAGAGAGAGAGAGAGAAAGAGAGAGAGAGAGAGAGAGAGAGAGAAACACUGGGUAGGGGAUAUAAAAUAUGCAUUCCUAUUGACAGUAUUACAUAAUUUACAAUGAAAAAAUACAACUCGUUUUACUCGCUUUUGGCGCCACUCUGUGGACAUUUCUCCCAGAAACUGGAGCUCACACAUGCCGAUACGCUCAACAACACUUCAAGCUUUGGCCACUGGGGGUAGCAGUUUGAAUUUUGGUAAGCACAGGCUGAUUUCAGCUAAAGAACAUUCUACCUACUGUUGCCGAAUUCAUGAUUUCAUGGGGUCUUUAACUAUUAUCCAUAUUGAGACAUUAAGCUUUGGAGAAAUAUGUUAUAUCUAUAAGUGUAAGAAAUAUUUAACUAUAUUGAGUAGUACCUCACUUAUUAUAUGUCUCUGGUCUUUCUUGGGUAUUUGGCAUUGUGCAACCACUCAGAAUAAAAGCAGCAUAAAACUGCUGACAGCAACUUUCUCUCAGAAUGAGUCACAUGGCAAGGUCAAAAUACACUUGAGUGAAAAACUUCCAUAACACUUACAGACAGCAUGUGCUAAUGAAGUGAGACCGUUUUCUACAUACAUUUCACAUUAUGACCAACAAACACAUGCUUUAAAAAUAGUUUAUAUAUAUAUAUAUAUAUAUUUAUUUAACAAGCUUGUUACACUGUAAAAAGUGUAAACCUUGCUAUUUCUGAUUGAUCUGACCCUUAAAAAUUACUUUUGUUGGUAUAACCUAAUGUAAUCAGGUUGAUUCAGUCAUAUCCCUAAUAGCACAUGUUCAUCACCCAGAUGUGAUGCGUGUGUUUUCAUCCUGAAGGCGUAUUUUUUAGAUCGUUUUAACCGUUUUGCAGAUGAUGUUUGCUCUCAGAUGCCAAUUAAAAAUUCCGCAGAUAUCUUUGAGACAUUUCUGAUUUAAAUGUAUAAAAAUCAUCUCUUUUUAAGAUGUUUGUCAGAUGUUAAUCAAAAUGCGAUGCUUUCCAGAUGAAGCACUCUUACUGUAAACAGAAAUU